AGGGAUUAGAUUUGGCCUCUGAUCAAGGCUCUUGGCAGCUGGCCCCCCCGGGCUCUUUCCUGGCUCGCCGGUCUGAUGGAUGGUUUGGUCCAGCAUGAGCUCCUCCAGAAUUCAUCAGGGUUACCUAAGGAAAUACGGGGGCUUUCUCUUUAAGCAAUGGAAGGAGAAGUUCCUCUUCCUCUCCGUGGACGGGAGCCUCCAGAUCUGCCGUGAUGCCCAGUCCCCGGCCGAGCUGGGCAUCUCGCUCAGCACCAGCUGCCGGGCCAUCCUGGAGGGCAGCGAGAUCUGCGGCCUGCCCCGCCUGCCCCUGGGCGCCCAGCGGGGCAGCUGCUUAGGCCUCAGCCUCAGUGACGGGAAGUUCCUUCUGCUGCUGGCCCCGGACAACCAGGAAUGCAGGCAGUGGCUCAACAUCCUCCGCAAAGUCAAAGAAAGCUUCUCCCAAGGGUCCCCGGCGAGAUGCAAGCUCCACAUUGACUCUCCGUUUAGGAAAUGCUGCUGGAAAGAAGGGGGAGGAGGUUCUCCUGGCACACAGAGCAGAGAAGCCACCAGGAGCAGCCUGUGCAAGGAGAACUGCUCGCCCCGGUGCCUGCGCCACGGCUCCCAGAUGCAUGCGGGGGUGAAGGCCGCCUGCCUGCUGAUGGGGGGAGCAGCAGCUGGCCCCACUAUGGGCUACAUGGUGACCUCGGCCACGGCCAGCCGGCCUGGGGAGAUGCACCCCCCCGACUUCAAAGAACUGGGCUAUCACCCGUCCGCCUGCGAUUCUGAGGCCUCUCAGUAUGAGACGCUGGAUUACGAAGGGCUGGACCAGGACUUCGACGCGCUGGAUUUCGGGGGGUUUGCCUUCUAGACACACACGAUCCUCCCCCCCUGCCCCCAGAUUUAAAGGGCUAAACAGAGACUGGGAGGGGAUCUUGCUGCUGGCUUCUUUUCCUCAGAAACCAGCCACCUCCCAGGGCUCCCCAAGCCUUGCCCCUCACACCGCCCCCUUCCCGGCCAGAGGGUCAGGGUUUGAAUCACGCCCUUCAGAGCCAGCAGCAGUUUUAGGCUGUUAUCCUUUAUGUGGAGCAGCCACGCGAGGCUUUGCAAGGCUGUUACACAAAAGGAUCUGCCCCCGGGGGGGCGGGUAGAUCGGGGCUGGGGCUGGAGUGCAGCGUGCUGUGGCUGUUCUCCAUGUCCCAGGGCCUGUAAGGGGUUGGAGCAUGAGGUAGAGCAGCCCAGAGGCUGCUGUAACUGACACCAAGGGCUAGUCGAGGCUCGUAAUACAGGGAGUGCGAAGAGGGUUGUAAAGCCUCUUUAAUCCCAAAGGCGGAGCUGGGGUAAGUGAGAACCAGGCCCUUGGAGAGCAAAGCGAGGGUGAGAGGCUCCCAUAACCCCCUGGUCAGUGCGUGCCCAACUCACAGAGGACGUAAGUCUUUCCCAGGCCCCCCUGCAGAGGCUGGCGGUGCGCUCACGCUGUCAGCAGGUGUUCUCAAGGUCCCCGCGCACACCGAGCUGCCGGCUCAGAGAGGCAGCGCAUUACGCAGCCUUACACUGGUGUCCCAGGGGAGGGCAGGGAGGGGGGUGGGGUUGGUUUUUAACAGGGGUAUUUUCUCUUCUCCCAAGAUGGGGGUUUGUUUGUUUGUUCGUCCAUUUGUUGUUUUUUUAAUCUCUCCCUCCACCGUGUCCGACUGUCCUCAACACUCAGGUUUCCCGUGUGCCCCUGCUGCCGUGGUGACUCGGGCAUGACUCCUGCCCUUGGUUAUGUCCCCUCCCCCCACUUGGGGUAACCCAUGGCAGGAUCAGGCCCCCCGGAGUGUUCAUUCUGCCAUUUUUUUGCAUUAAACUGUAGAAAUCUC